AUGGCCGGUGCCGCACUCUCUACUGCUUUGGUUGAUCCUCGUAACAUACCUGUACCUACAACGGCAUCUACCCCAGAUGUCGAGAUGCAUGGGCCUCCCACACUCGAGCAGAACACGUUUGUGGACGCUCGUUCCUUGCACCUUAUGCAGCAGAAUGUGGAGGUUUCCUACGCAGGUGAAGCCCAUGCAGCUGCUCAGGCCGUGCGUCUUGCAGCUGAACUUCGGCUGAGGGAGUAUGAGGACUCAGCCCGCAAUUUUGUGUUGGCCGAGAUGCAAGAGCUCCGACAGGUAGCGGACGCUACGCACGAGGGAAGAAUUGCAGCACUGACCAAUCGCUUCAACACGUUUGCUGAUGAAAUGAGGAACGAUAGGAAGGAUGAGUCAAUGCUAGCCAUGAGGGAAACCUUCGACACCAGCCGUUCCGUUCCUGAAGAUUUGAAGGAUCUGUUUGCAGGACCUCAGGUUUUCACAAUCUCCUCCGAUAAGCCGUCGCCAGAAGCCCUAUUGGUCAAGGCCCUGCAGUCUGUGAUGGGCAAGAGCGACGAUGACGGAUCAAUCAUUGGAAGGUUUGCGGAUCCAGGCAAAUUCCUCACAUUGGAUACGAAACUGCUUUCCGCAAUUUCCAAGGUCGUAAAAGGCGAGCUAGCACGCCAAAUUGUCAACUACAAGGAAUCUGAAGCUGCUCACGCAAGGGCUGUGCGGGGCCGUCAGGUGCUUUACAUGUUUGAGCAAUACUUUAAGACUAAUGAGGAGGUUGGGGCCCUCUACUCAGUUGAAGACCUCCUCAAGGUCAGCUUGACAAAUGACGAUUUGAGCUCCUUUAUUCACAAUUGGGAGUCGGUCAUCGCUGGCAUUUCUCAUGUUCCAGAAGAGUUGGCCCUCAGAGAUAUCUUGCUUAGGCAAAUCAGAGGCUCUCACAGACUCAAGUAUGACCUGGAAACGUAUGAUCGUGCUAAGGAAGGUACCGAGACGCAUAGCUACCAGUUCCUCCUCAGUUCAAUCAAGAAUCUCCUCACCCGUGAGCGUGUUAGGAAGAAUAGGGACAAGAUAGCUAAGGCGCAUGGUGCUAAGUACGGUGCCCCAGCUCAGGAAGAUGGCAAGGGCAAAGGCAAAGGUGGUAGGAAAGGCAGAGAAGCAUCCAGGCAGCGUGAAACCAGCCAAGUUCCAAAGGGAUACUGCUUUACAUGGGUCAAAACAGGCAAGUGCGAGAAAGGUGCUGAUUGCAAGUACAAACAUGGGUUCUCGCGCAGGAGGAGCAAGAGCAGGAAGAAAAAGGGCGACAAGCCCGCAGCGUGUUGUGUUUUGGUGGCGAGGGUCAAGUCAGAAGCCACCCGCGAGGGUGCCUCCGCUGCUAUGCCCAGUUAUGCUGCAGCCGCCCGCAAGGGCGAGCCCACUUCCUCCGAUCGCUGGGAACACAAAGCUAAGGAAGGCAUUCUGAUCCGCCAUCACGCCAUUCCAAGGUCAGACGGGUUUGUCCCCACCAAGGAUUCACCCGUGCCUGCUUCUCGGCUUAAUGCUAAGGCUGUGGUUGUCAUGAACCUUGACUCCGAGGGCAGGACGGGCAUUGAGAAAACUUGGGAUUGGAGAUCUAGCAAAUUAGAUUCGGGCCUCGGUGAAAUGGACGUGAUCUACUGCCUUCAAAAUCCAAAAUACAAAGAAGAAGAAGAAGGUUUCGUUCAUCAACAGGCCCGAGAUCAAAGAGAUUCAUGCCGAGGGUGA